UUUAGAUUUCUCGGUAUACACCGGCGACUGAGGUCAAAUCUUGACGACUGCUUACGACACGUAUGGUAAAUAAUUCAGGAAAAAUCAUCAUGAACUUGUGAACUUUGUCUUUUGACCCUUUGAUAUAACCAUGUUGACAACUGAGCCAACCAUGACCCCUGUGGCCCAGAAGGGGAUGUUUGACUGGGCAUAUAAUGGAGUGGACUUUGACCUGGCUGGAAAUGGAGGCGAGGAAUGUCGGAACUUUAUUGUGUUAUUCCAGAGAAUAUUGGAGAGUAUAUUUGCAUGUGUUGUAGCAGGAUUCAUGAUUUAUCCAUCAUUAUUACGUCUUACACUUCCAAAAAAGGUGACACCCAUCGACAAAACGGACAGGUGUGGGAAGCGUGUUUUAUUAGUCGUUAUGUGUUUGACUUUUGGAAUUGAACUUGGAUUCAAAUUAGCUACAGGACAAAUGAUAUAUACUCUGAACCCAUGUCAUAUUGUGACAAUCAUUCAGAUCUACUGUUUGGCAGCACCUCCAACACGGUCUUUAACAGUGAUUUUUCGACUACAUCUACAUCUGCUGACUGGAGCACCUAUAGCCCUUUUGUUUCCAGUCACUAACACAAGACUGUUACCAUUUGAGGUACAGACUUACUACAUACAACACACUUUGAUGCUGGUCGUCCCUAUAUAUCUACUGAUGAUUGGAGGGGUUUAUACAGCGGAGCCUCUACGUGAUCUCAACUGGUCCUUUAUAGCAACUGGUUUACAGUAUAUAUACCAUUUCAUACCACUUCAGUUACUGGCCUAUGUCUCACUUGUAAAUCUUAAUAACAUGAUGUGUCCCGCCUAUACUGAUCCAUUUUAUGGACAGUGGUAUCACCUCUGGUCCAUGCUCCAUCAGGCCGCCAUGAUUCCAUUGUUUGGCAAGUUCUGCGUCUGGAUCGUCAUCCGCUUGGGAUUUACACAUCAACUCAAUAUAGAGGAACAGUUGAUAUUCAAGGGGAAUACAACCAAGGUUAAUGGGUCUAUACAAAAACAAUAUAGUCACAUCGAAGAUACAAGUUCAUUAUCAAUAGAUGGACAGGAAAAUGUCACAUCCAAACAAACUUUAAGUGGAGAAAAUGGCAGAGUUUCGUGCGAUGUACAUGUACGUCGGUCAAAUAAUGGCCAUGUUAAAAGUACUUAA